CCGGUGGGGACGCUAAAUAUAGACAUAUCCCAGUGAUUAUCGAGCGGAUAGUUGCAAGAGGCUUACUUUGUGCACAAUUUGUUUGUAUCGGAUUAACUGUGUUUAACUAUAAUGGCAGAUUCCAAAUUUACACUACCUGACACCCUGACUUGUGACCGUCCAAAAUAUACACCUAUCAUUCAGGAACCACAGGUACAGGCCACGGAAAGAAAAGACCAAUCAAGCACCAACCAACUGAGAAUCAUCUUGCUGGGAAAAACAGGAUACGAAAAGGCUGCUGCUGGAAAUUGUAUUCUGGGAUCAAAUGUGUUUAACGAAAGUAUAUUCAGUAACAUUGAGACAAGUCGGUCUCGGGACACGACGAUUAACGGGAGGUCCGUAACUGUGGUUAUCACUCCGGGGUUUUGUGACACACAGAGAAGUGAAGAUGAAAUCAAGAAUGAAUUGAGAAAAACAGUACAACCGGGUCGGAAUGUCUUCCUCUACGUAUUUCCUGUUGGCACCAGAUUCACCCCAGAGGAGAAUGACGAAUUUAAAAGAACAUCUGCCUUGUUUGGAGACACAAUGCAUGACCAGUGCAUUAUGGUGUUUACACACAGUGAGAAGCUUCUACAGCAACGUAUGCCCGAGGAAGAGUAUUUGGCUGAUUUGAGCGGCACCCUAAAAGAUAUCAUUGAACGAAUUAAAUGGCGGACAGUCUUCAUUGGAAACGAUUCCACAACUUCAAGGGAAGAUCAAGUAAACAAACUAUUUGAGGUGAUCGAUAAAGUGUAUAAUGAAAAUAAAUUCAACUGUUACACACCGGAAGAUCAUCCAGAAUUGGAAAAAGAAAAGAAACCUAAUUGGGACAUGAGCGCUUUCAAAGGUAUGGUUCAGCGUGGAAUCAGGUGGGUGAAACAAAAUAAACUCUGUGCGUCCAUUUUGUCCGUACUGUCAAUGGGAAUAUCGUGGUAUCUGUAUACGAAACGGUGGAGCCAAAGUUGGAUAUAAGUACAGCCGAAUAUACCAGUCAUCUAUUGUAUACUCAGUAAAAUUAACUCAACUCCAGUAGAUCAUUUCACGCUGUUUCUUUUUGUUUUGAUUUCAAUAUGGUUAACACAAAUACAUUUUCUCCCGUUGCACGAUGUCGACAAGUAUUGUUACGAACAAACAUGUAACGAAUAAUAGCCAAAUGAUAAUUUUAGUAGUGUUUAUAAACACACACAAAACCAACACUGUGCACAAUCGGUGUGUGCAUCAAGAGUGAUAUUCUACUGAAACAGUGUUUACAAGUCAUCUGUGAUCAAAACAUCCUAACAUAAAUUGACACUAGUACCGAAUUACAAAGAAGACUUCCGGCCUUUAAUUAAAUUAGUUGAGCAUAGAAAAUGUUGUUCUACAUUCUGUUACUCAGUGCUGUUGUUAUUUCUGUCAUUCAUCGUUGGUAACAUUUAUAUAUCUUACUAUUGUUAAAAUUUCUAUGUCUUACUAUUAUUAACAUGUCUAUCUCUUACUAUUGUUGACACUUCUAUCUCUUACUAUUGUUAAAAUGCCUAUCUCUUACUAUUGUUAACACUUCUAUAUCCUACUAUUGUUAACAGUUCUAUAUCUUACUAUUGUCAACACUUCUAUCUCUUACUAUUGUUAACACUUCUAUAUCUUACUAUUGUUAACAGUUCUAUAUCUUACUAUUGUCAACACUUCUAUCUCUUACUAUUGUUAAAAUGCCUAUCUCUUACUAUUGUUAACACUUCUAUAUCCUACUAUUGUUAACAGUUCUAUAUCUUACUAUUGUCAACACUUCUAUCUCUUACUAUUGUUAACACUUCUAUAUCUUACUAUUGUUAACAGUUCUAUAUCUUACUAUUGUCAACACUUCUAUCUCUUACUAUUGUUAACACUUCUAUAUCUUACUAUUGAUAACACUUCUAUCUCUUACUAUUGAUAACACUUCUAUAUCUUACUAUUGUUAACACUUCUAUCUCUUACUAUUGUUAACACUUCUAUCUCUUACUAUUGAUAACACUUCUAUCUCUUACUAUUGUUAACACUUCUAUGUCUUACUAUUGUUAACACUUCUAUCUCUUACUAUUGUUAACACUUCUAUGUCUUACUGUUGUUAACACUUCUAUCUCUUACUAUUGAUAACACUUCUAUAUCUUACUAUUGUUAACAUGUCUAUCUCAUAAUAUUGUUAAUACUUGUAUCUCUUACUAUUGUUAACACUUCUAUCAAUUAUUACUGUGUAUUGUAGUCAUCUAAUUAACAUGUGCACGAUUUGCCGUCAUCCGUCAACAUUUGUCAGGUGUGUACUGAUUGUUUAUGUAUCCGUGAUUCUUCUGCAUUACUUGUGAACGACUAUAAGAAAGGAAUUAAAAAGGUGAAGUAAAACGUACCUUAAAGCUAGAACCAAUACAUUUUAAAGCUCUUAACAUGCACGAGGAUGAACAUACAUAGGUAAAAAUGUGAAGUGUCAUUCAAAACCAAAAUUAUGAUUUUUUUUUACAUUUAACAUGCAUUGAGAAGAAUAUCCAUACAUGUAGGUGCAACAUGAACCUGUGAAUAUCAGCUACUGGUUUAGUGGGUUUUUUUUUUUUAAUGAUAUCACUAGUUUGACUAGUCUGAGUUCUUUAAAUUACAUAUUGGUAGCUGUUUAUAACGCCUUUUGUUUUUAAAUAUUGGUUUUUAUAUGCUUUUGAAUAUUAUAUUUUUGUAUAGUUUUGGUGGUUGGAGCUUUUGUUUAUAGCGCUUGAGUGUCAUUAAUGUUUUUUAAAAGUAUAUGUCUUCAUACAUAUUUAGAUGUCUGUAUAAUUAGUUUUGAUUUUAAAAACUUCCAUGUAUUUUCUAAUUAUUAAUAUGAUUUACAUUUGUUGGCCAAUUAUACGAAUUUCAUUGAAAUAACCUUCUUAUGAAUUAUCGCGAAUACGUUCUUUGGAUUGUUUAUGUAUUAUUGUAUUAUUAACUAGUGGUAUAAUUAUCUGAUAUGAACAAGCAAAGCUUACGAGGGGAGGACACAGGAACUUGAUGGGAAAAACAAACAAAAAUAAUGCAGAGAUACAAAAUGUCUAGUAUACUAAAACUUAAAUGGGUGGGGGGUUUUUUUUGGAUUUUUUUUGGGGAGGGGGGGUUGGGUUUUGUUUUUUUUAAGUUUGAAGUUUCAAACGGUAAUCUGGCAAAUGUGCCAAACACUUCAUGAGACGUAUACUUUGAUUCCCCAAAACGGGAAUCCGCUCCCGCUGCCCGUGGUUUGAGAUGUCGUCGUAGCAAUGCAGUGGCCAUCUGAGGAAACAGCUGUUUUUGUUUAUUCCAUUGACAUUUUAGGAUUGUUAUUAACAUAAUGCCACGUGUUUGCCUGUCCCAUUCAUCCCAUUAGCCUAGGCGUUGUUUUACAGUUUAACUUUUCACGUGUCAUGAUUCACGCUUCAUUGAUCCCGUGUAAAAACAAACACACCAGAACAAGACGUUUUGGAAGUACAUGCUCCAUGUGUCACUUUACUGUUACUGCAUUAACGCGUCUAUAUCCGACAGAGAUUCAGGCACGUGUGUCACUUUAAAUCUCCAGGUUGUGUGUCACGCGUGGAAAUAAAUUAAUGAACGAAUAACAGGUAUACUUUCGGUUUCAGAUUUGUAAAUAUGCCCUUUUAAAUCAGUGUAUCCUUGUUGUUUGAUACACGUGACUAAUGGACUUUGUCGAAACCUGCAUGAACGUGAAUUGUGAAAUGUUAAUCAUGACACACGGAAAGUGAACUUCUACGGAAACCCAGCCUAACAGCGGAAAUGUUGCAAAUAAAGUGAUCAUUUUUGUUUCCAUCAGGCCCCAGGUGUGUGUGUGUGUGUGUGUGUGUGUGUGUGUGUGUGUGUGUGUUUCUAUGUGUUGUUGUUUUUUGUUGUUUGUUUGUUGUUGGGUUUGGGGAUUUUUUUGGUGGACCGUCUGGCAUUUUUUUUUUGUAAUUUCGUAAUAUUAUUAUUACAUUUUGUUUCAGGUUUUAGCACACUGAUUGUUAACACAAAUAAAACAAACAAACAACAACAAGACGUUUGGUGUAGUUUAGUAUAACAUGUAUUACAUAUUCAUAGUUGUUUGCUUAUAUAUAUAUAUAUAUAUUGAUGUUUGUUUACGCUUUAUAGUUUGACCCUUGUCGUAGCCUACAUCAAUAAAGGAUUUAUAUCCA